AUGUUCAUGUUAGAAAUACAUGAGAGACUUCCCAAAAAAGCAGCAGCUCGCCAGCGUAUCCACGCCGUGUGCAAGGGUCAUCUAGAAUGGGUCAAAAAAUUGAAGGCCAGUGAAGCUUACUGCUCCAAUAUCACAGUCAACGGCAAGAGGAUACAUUAUGUGCCAGGAACGAGUCUCUUGCCGGAUAGUCCCGCGAACAUGCCUACUCAUAUACUUAAAGCCACUGAAUACCUCAAGUCAUUUCCCGGACUUGAUGACCUCUUCUUUGUUUGCAGCUGGUUAGGCAAAUUUGCUGUGGAGUGGUUUCAACAACUGGUCGAAACAAGACAGCAUCUCACUCCAACCUGGCAACACUCGCCUGUCUCUGAAAUUCCUAUUUUUCGUCUCAGUGAUCAAAUAAUAAUUUGGAAAGCUCUCAGAAGCAUUGAAAAACUCAUCAAACAUGUCGAGAAAACACACAGAAUGAAGCCUCAUGAGAGAUUGAAGGAGUUUAUUGAAACAAUGCAUGGUCACCUCCCACUACUGAGUGUUCAGAAUCCCACCUUUUAUCCCACCUUGGACUUUAUUGCUGAAGAUCUGCGACGUCAGAAUCUGCGGCGCUUCACUCUCAAAUUUGUGGCCGAGAAGGAUCAACACCCGAGACGUUCACUCAGUGUAACCCGCUCCGCUCGAGAAACUCGAUUUUUGUUCCAUUCUCGGGAUACUAUCCUUUACUAUGGACUGGAAUGGGGAUUCUUUGUGGGAGAAGAGACAGUAUGGGAAGAACUGGUCCAUGCGCAAAUACAGCAUGAUGAUCCUCGCAAUGAUCAAGCUCGAUGGGACAACCCUCUUCGGUAUGGACUGGCACUAGAAAUGGCUAAACAUGGCCAUCAGCUGGAACGAAAUUUCCUCCCAUCCGAAAUGUUCAAGCAUGCACGUCAAUUCAUUCUCGGCUGCUCAUCUGUGAAUGGUCUUUUCCCUGGACAACUAGACGAUUUCAGCAAACAGCCAGUUGUUUAUCGGAAAAAUGAACGAAACUGUUAUUUUCACGUUACUUUCGAGAUUCCGUAUCUUCUAUUGCGCGCUGCAGAAGAUCCGAUACCAUCAAAGUGGCAACCCGACGCAGCUGGGAUCUAUAAAGGUUCAACAUUGAGCUCUCCCCAGAAGAGGAAGAUCAGCCACCACCUGAUCCAAAUCAUCUGUCUGUGGACAGACCAAGCUCUUCUUCUUCCGUUCCCAUUUCUCGUCCAGAAUUUACCAGCGCCUUUCCAGCUUAUAGCAAUCUUGCGGUCUCUCAGACCAUUCCAUCGCAGCGAACAAUUUUGA